AUGGCGGCGCGGUCGUCGUCGGCGGUGGCCGGAGCGCGGGCGGUGGCGGCGGCGCGGCCGGGAGCGAGGGCAGGGGUGAGGCGGGCGAAGGGUGGCAGCGCGUAGCGAGACCCACGAAGCGAGACCCAGAGAGAGACUGUCGCGGGCAGGCGGUACCCCCGCGCCCCCCCGUCCUUCGCCGCCCGGCGGGUCCCGCCCGCCCCCGCCCUGCGGACCGCGCGUCCUCCGGCCCCGCCGCCCCCGGAGCGGAGGAUGAUGAAGCUCAAGUCCAACCAGACGCGCACCUACGACGGGGACGGCUACAAGAAGCGGGCGGCCUGCCUGUGCUUCCGCAGCGAGAGCGAGGAGGAGGUGCUGCUGGUGAGCAGUAGUCGCCAUCCUGACCGAUGGAUUGUCCCCGGGGGUGGCAUGGAGCCCGAGGAGGAGCCUGGUGUGGCCGCUGUGCGUGAGGUCUGUGAAGAGGCUGGAGUGAAAGGGACGUUAGGAAGAUUAGUGGGAAUUUUUGAGAACCGGGACAGGAAGCACAGGACAUACGUUUACGUACUCAUUGUUACCGAAGUGUUGGAGGACUGGGAGGACUCUGUCAAUAUUGGAAGGAAAAGGGAAUGGUUUAAGAUAGAAGAUGCCAUAAAAGUUCUGCAGUAUCAUAAACCAGUGCAGGCCUCGUAUUUUGAGACCUUGAGGCAAGGCUGUCUGGCCAACAAUGGCACCCCAGUCAUGACCACGCCGUACUCCGAGAGCUCCGUGUCUGACAUCAGAUGACUGACGACGUCCCUGCGAGAGUAAUUCCCAAAAGCAGACUGAGACCUGGAUUUCCCUCCCCUCCCCGUUUCCAUGCCUCCUCCCUCACACCAGGCAUGGGCAGCCGCCUGGGGCAGAGCAAGUGUUCAGAGUGCUGCAAUUUAGUGCAAGGUGGGAUGAUGUUUUUGGUUGUUUUUGUUUUUGUUUUUGUUUUGGUUGGCUUUUUUGCUUUUUUUUUUUUUUUUUUUCUUUUUUCAAUCUGUAUUUUGUAAAAUACAUUUUGUGCAUGAAGUGCCCCUUUCCCGGUACUCCGCUCCACGGCUUGGAGGCUGCCAGCCCUGCCUCUGCCUUGUACUCUGAAGUGUCCCAAGUGUCCCCUUUGUGUCACCCCAGCCAGAGCCACUUUUUUUUUUUCUUUUUGUUAAAUUAAAAGACUUCUAAUGUGAGAUCAGCUCUUCAAGUCUUAGUCUGUACUGUAAGGUGCUGCUCAGACCCGUGUGGGGAUCACUCGCAGCGCAUCUGUAUAAACUUUUUUUUAGAUGGAGGAUCUAACAUUUUAAUUUUUUGGGAAUUUUUUUUUUUUUAAAUCCUGGUCUGCUUCUGAAAAGAAGGAUUCAUAAUUAAUCUGUUUGCCUUUUGUUCUGUUUUUUAAAAACACACAUUCUGUGACAGUGCUAGUGGCUGGGCCAGUUUACUCCCCAUCCAGUAUCUCCCGAUUUAGUGCAGUGACACUUGAAGUUGAGGGCAGAGUUCGGAUCAGCUGCAGACAUCCCUGCAGACAUCCCUGCGGCUUCUCCGACAGCUUCCACCAACAUUUCUGCGUUUCCAUCCGAGCGAAACCUCACGGAGCUGCUCUGGAACCGCCGGCCAAAACCAAACAGCCUCAGCAGCGCUGCAAUGGCGCCCAGAUCACGGGAGCCGGGGAUGUGGUGGGGUCGGACGGACGCACUGCGGUGUGGCUCACCAACACUGUCCCCUGCUCCCGCUGCGUCCUGCUCAUGUCUCUCUUGUCCACAUGCCUUACGCCAUGCUGAACUGGACACUUGGGGUUUGUGCUGAAGCAUCGGAUCGUGCUCGCUGAGCGUCGCCGCUGCGCCCGGAGAAGCCACGCGCACGUCCCUAAAGAGAAGUCCCGGGGGGAAAAUUCAGGUGUUCGGUCUCUUGUCCUGUGGUUCUGCAGCACUUAGGGUCGCACCGUGGAGUGAGCUCAAAGUGUGCUCUCUGUGAAAGGUACAGCUGCCUCCCGCAGGCAGCAUUCCCGGGGGAGCGGCACAGGAGAGCUCCCCGAUGGCGUUGGCACACUUCACACGGGGGUUUGUUGUUUUAUUGCUGUAACUUUCAUGCUGUCUUGAUUUGCCAACAGUGUUGUCUAGUUGGGAAAUAAAAUGGGAAGGGUUGGGGUUGGGGGUGGGUUGGGACAGGUACAAGUUUUGGGAGGGGCAUUAAUUAAUCCCUGGCUUGGGACAAGAAGUGGUUGCUGAGUUCAGUAACUUCUCCUUUGUCAGAGCAGAGCCAAGAUGUGAAAUUAAAUCUGCAGUACUUUUUUUUUUUUUCCUUUUUUUUUUUCCUGCUCUUUAUUUAACAAAAAAAUAUUCUAAUAAACACUCACUGUUCUGGAGUUUUCUCUCUUCCUGAGAAGCGCUUAUAAUAUGAAAAUCUGAUAGAAAUAUCCAUGGAGCCUGGGACAAGGGGGAAUGGUAUCCUUGCUGGUUUGGCAAGAAGCUGUUCAUUUUAAGAUCCUCUUCUGUUCCUUUCCUUGUUCUCCCUGCUUUCAUCGGUGUGGAGUAGCAAGGCCAAAAGCAGUGCCAGUGAUCGCUGACAUGGAAAACCACGCGUAAGGAACAGCCCAUUAUUCAAGGAGUAGCUCAAACCCAAGCGUCUGGAAUUGAGCCUAAAUUACACCAGUUCAGCUCACUUCAACUUAGAGACGAAUGUACAAUCCUUUCUCACUAUGUGCUGGUCAGCCUGAACCAAACUCUCAAAAGGGCUUGAAUAUUCUAUCUGGAAGUGUCCAAGAAAUUCCCAGAGUCGCUGUCCCCGCGCCCUGCGAGGCACCUGACACAGCCAUCUACUGCCUUCAAUGAGUCUUGGUCUCUACUGUACAGAUUAGUAUGUUGGAAAUGCUUUGCAACAAAACAGCUGGUACUCCUGAAAGAGUAACUGCAGUUUUAAUAUCAGCAGCAUGCACACUUUUGUUUUUAAACUAAAAAUGUUUUUACAGGGCUGUUAAACUGACAAUUUAGGGUAGAAUAUUGUUAAUGACUUGCUAAUGGCUUAUUUGUUUGGGUCAGAAAAAAUAAAUUGUGCCAAGAAAGUGU